AUGUUGCCCUGCUUCCGCAGCCGGGUCGCGACCCUUUCCUCCACCUUCACCCCCCGAUUCGCCGCCCGGGCCAGCUACUCGACCACCGUCCCUCGCCUCUCCGAGAACUUCAUCCCUGCCAACGACCCGACCCCGCCUACCGCUAAGCCAAAUGUCUCUGGCACCAAUGCUACUCCCGUUGACGCCAUGGGUGGCUGGGAUGCUCCCCUGAGGGAGGAACCCGAGGCGGGCGAGCGCACCCGUCACCUCCAGGCUCCCAACCGGGCUACCACCUGGGCUGCCAGCCAGCAGCCGAAGGAGAAGGCCAUGGUUGGUCCUCGCUUCGAGCAGACGAUAAUGGAGUUGCAGCCCCAACCCUUGGCUGCCAUUGAGCUCAUCCACAGACAGCCCGUCCGCUGGACGAAAAAGCGCGUCGUCAGCUGUGACGGCGGUGGCGGUCCCCUGGGCCACCCCAAGGUCUUCAUCAACACCGACAAGCCCGAGAUUGCUACCUGCGGCUACUGCGGUCUUCCCUUCGCCCACGAGCAACACCGUGCCUACCUCAAGUCCCUCCCCGCCACCAGCUACCCUCUCGAGCCCACCGGUGAUGCCGCCGAGGUGAACGAGAGCCAGCGUGUGACCGAGGGCGGAUUCGAGCAGCGGUAA